UAGAGGCUUGAGGUAGUCAUAUGUUAUAGAUAUUUUUUGACGCAAAGUUCGUCUAAAAUACUCUGCUACGCGUCGUAUUUUCAACUCUCUUCUCGAUUUUUGGAAAUUGCAGUGGAAAUACAGUUGGCAUAUCACAUAGGAUUCCCGGAUUAUAGGGCAGUGAACGGUUUCAUGUAUCUACGAUUCUAAUGCCUCAUUCUCAAGAAAAGAGCAAAGUAGCUUUAAUCUAUAUUUGUUUUAAUUCUAGGUAGGCUCUCCAGAUAAAGGUUUAUUUUCAGAGUUCUUGCUCUCCAACUUUAGUUGACUGAUAUGUGUUUUUGUUUAUACCGCUGACCGUUUCCUGAUUUCAGGAGGCUGGCUUCUUGUUUCCAACAUGGUGAUUGACAGUUCAAUUCCACCCUUCCAGUUCUCAGUUGAGUCAUCAUUCCGUGCAAUCGACAGUUGUCACACCAAAAAAAUGUUUCUCGAGAAAAGCGCCAUGGCUGAUCUGAGAUCACACUUGUCUUUCACUCAGCUGAGAUUCUACUGCAGUAAACAACACGGACGUACGUUCCACGUGACCACGGUCGCCAACAGCACUGGUGAAGCUGUACUCCAGUACUUCAGCGGUCAGACGGAUGUCCAGCCUGAUGCCUGUGGCUCGUUUGUUAGAAUGGAGAAUGACAACUCGCUGUUAACAAGACUUUGCCAUAGAUGGGGAAAAGAAGGCGCUAAUUUCCAAGUUGGUAAAUGGGGGUACGGCCGAAAUAAAGACAGAUUAUUCAAUCACCCUGCAUUUGUGCAGUAUGAUUAUCAUGGGAUAAUGAGACAAACUGGUUCCGGGAGAUUCGAGUGUGACGACAUUGGUGUUGAAGGACAAGUCGGAGAUGCCUGGAGAGUGUUUGUUCGCUAAGAACUUGGUGCAUGCACCUGUUUAAGAUUACCUUAUAUAAUGCACUACUACACGUAACUAAAUGGGUUUCUCGAAAUGCUUUGCACACUGUACUUACGAUAUUGAGAAUCUGUUUAUAGAUAGCUAAAUUGUAAUCAUGGGCACUACAUUUCGUUUGUGUACAAGAGUUUAAUUUCCAGAAUUGAACGCAAACGAGAUGCUCGUUCGGUCACUUUUGAUAAACACGCAAACCCGUCCAGUGUUAUCACAGCUAUACAAGCUACUGGCUCUGAAAUAAAGUUAAUCAGCUGAGAUUCUACUGCAGUAAAAAACACGGACGUACAUUCCACGUAACCAUGGUCGCUAGCAGCACUGGUGAAGCUGUAGUCCAGUACUUCAGCGGUGAGACGGAUGUCCAGCCCGACGCCUAUGGCUCGUUUGUUAGAAUGGAGAAUGACAAUUCAAUGUCAACAGGAGUUUGCCAUAGAUUGGGAAAAGAAGGUGGUAUUUAUACAAGUUGGUAAAUGGGGGCACGGCGAAAAUGAAGACAGAUUAUUCAAUCACCCUGCAUUUCAAAGUAUGAUUAUCAUUGGAUGAUGAAACCAAUGGCGCCAGAUUGGAUUGUGACGACAAUAAAAUUGAGGGAAAUAUUGGAAACGCCUGGAAAGUCUUUGUUCGCUAAGAACUUGGCGCAUGCACCUUUUUAAUGAUUAGAUUAAAUCAUAAUCAUGGGCACUAUAUUUCGUUUGUGUAUAAGAGUUUAAUUUCCAGAAUUAAACGCAAAUGAGAUGCACGUUCUUUCAUGUUUGAUAAACACCCAAACCUGUCUAGUGUUACCACAGCUAUAAAAGCUACUGGCUCUGAAAUAAAGUUAAUCAUUAGUUUAAAGUGCAUUCAUUCACCCCUGGACACAACUGAACAGAGGACCUAAAAAUGAUAACCUUCAGUAGAUGAUAUGUCUGAUACAUGGUAGCUAAAUCUAAAAGGAUGCAGUGAAGUGGGUCCGUAUAGGACCAUACACACUAAGACUCCAUAUACGAAGGGGCUCAAAGAGUAGUUGCUUUGAUUUACUUCCGUCGAGUCCACCAGCAGCAGCUCUCCCUGUUCAUCCGGCUCUGGGUCAUUUUGGGCGGUAAAACAACAAGCUGAGCACAAUUUCAGGUUGGUGUCCAUGUGGACGGUAGCGAUAGCAAAAUCAAUUCGAGGAAAUUUUAAAGCAGGAACUAGUUGAGUUGGAGUUUAACGAGCAAAAUUAACCCAUUUUCAUACCAACUAAGGACUGAACGUAAAAAGGGUUACGUUUAUUUGAUGGUACGAAACAAACAGCUACAAAAGAUCGCGCGUGAAUUAAUUGCUUGUAUUUUUACUCUACUAAGUUAGUCAGAGGGCCAAUAACCAGAAUCUGCCAAUCAAAUUUCACUUUUACCAGUUAAAUGUCUUCCAGUUAUCGGACCCGGGCAAUUAGCAGAACGUCCGGCUAUACCAAGUCAAACGUGAGUUAACAUAAAUAAGAAUUGCACUUCAAUCUUACCAUGCCUUUCUGGUCUGUGAUCGAUUUGAUUGUUAGAUUUGAUUGUUAGAAUUGCACUUCAAUUUUACCAUGCCUUUCUGGUCUGUGAUCGAUUUGAUUGUUAGAGUAGUAUAGACGAUGCUCCUGGUUCUACAUGAAGCGUUAAAAAUUGAAUUAAUGUGAUAGGAACCGAUUUAAUGAGAUGCUGGUAAUUAAGGUAUGAGUGGGAUAUUAAUGAGAAGCAGGCCGUGUAGGGAUUUGAAGGAACAUACCCAAGGGAGCAUUAUACAUGUAAGUGGUAUUGUUUGAAUAUUACAUGAGUGUUUCAGAGAGAUGUGUGUGUUGUACUGGAGUUA